AUGGUUUAUCAAAAAGAUCAGGAACUUAAUCUGUUUGAAAAGUUUCAUUAUCAUAGAAAUGAAUUACAUGUUUCAUCAUGUUUCAUUGUUGGUAUGAAUCUUAAUAAAAAAAUUGAAUCAAAGAAAAUCACAAAUGCUUUAAAUCAACUUUAUAAUGAAAGAACCAAAUUAAGAUUAAACAUAUUUGAGAUUGAUGGUGCAUAUAUUGCUAAAGAACUUGAUAAUUUCCCUUCAACUUCAAUUCAAUUCAUUGAAAGUGAUGAACCACAAACAACAACAUUAAAUCAAUUACAUGAAACAACAUUUGAAUUUGGAAUUCAACAAACUUUAUGGCAAAUAGUUGUGGUUAAUAAUCAAUGGAUCUAUAUUCUUUGUGAACAUACAUUAUAUGAUGGUACUACAGCUGCUUUAAUAUUGGAAGACUUGUUACAAAUUCUAAACAAUAACGAGAUUUCAAAAGAUUUAAAUCCAAAUGAAUUUGAAUUUAAUCAAAUUAUAAAACCAUCAUAUUUACAUUUAAGUUCUAAAAUCACUGAAGUAUUUGCACCAAAAUGGUUGAAUUCAAUUGUCAACUAUUUUAAAACUAAUUCAUUAUCCAAAUUUGAAUCCUUAGAACCUGGUUGGAUCGUUGAAAAUGGAGGACAUAAAGAACAAACUUUCCAUACUGAAAAGCAUAUUAUUUCAAUUAGUUCAAAUGAUUUCCAAAAAUUAAAAAACCUAGGUAAUCAACAUUGUGUUAAGUUUACAAGUUUAUGGACUUAUUUAAAUUUAAUUUCAUUUGCUAAAUUACAAAAUGAUAAUAAUGUUAAUAUAACAAUCCCAUUUAAUAUAAGGUCAAUUUUGUCAUCUGAAUAUAGGAAAACUUAUGGAUUAUUUGUUGCAGCUAUUCAAUUAAAUUUAAUCCCUCCACCAUCAUCAUCAUCAAAUAUUGAUUGGGAUUUAUGUCAAUUUAUAAACAAUUCAUUACAAAAAUCCAAUAUGUUGAAAUCAUGUGAAUUAAUUGGAAUGUUGAGUUAUGUAAAUCCAUUAAAUCUUUUGGAAAAUUUAAUAUCAAACCCCAGAAUACCAACAUUAGAAAUUUCAAAUUUAGGUUUACGUGAUUCAAAAAAUGGAUUCCCUAUCUAUGCAAAUGAAUUUAUAUUUUCACAAUCAAAUAAUUUAAUUGGUGCAUCUAUUAUGCAAUCAUUAGCUUCAUCAAAUGAAAAAGUUAAUAUUGUUAUUGGAUGUGUACCUGAAUUUAAAGAUAAUUUCCAAUCAUUCAUUAAAGAAUUAGAAAAUACAUUAAAAGAGGUUUUGAAUGGUCUAUAG